CAGGGUGGGCGGCCAUCUGCCUCGACCGGUUGGGGUGAGAGAGAGAGAGAGAGAGAUCUGCACACUGUUCCAUGCAGUUUCCACAUGACGAGCCCAGAGCCACAGUGGAAGAAAGGGAGGAGCCUGCUCAGGUCCCACACCUAGAUGAGUUUGUGGCCCCAGCUCCUCCCCCCUCCUACUUCUCCACUUUCUACUCAUACACACCACGCCUGGCUCGCCGGAUGCUUGGGGACAGCGUGAUCCCUCUCCCUCAUAUCUACGGGGAUCGCAUUAAAGGGGUGGAGGUCUUGUGUCCGUUAGAGCCCCCACCUCCAUAUGAGGCUGUUGCUGGAAGCACCACUGAAGCAGUCACACAG